GUGAACCCUGCUGACCUGGAGCCCGGCAGCUCCCGGCUCUGGGGAUGCUGCUGAUGGGCACCUGCGAGAGCAGGAGCCAAAAGCCAGCCGCCUGCUCGGGAGCCCGAGUGCCGGGGAUGCUGCCUGUGCUCGCGGCGGCAGCGCUCCAAGCCUCACCCGGAGCCCUUGGCGUUGCAGGACUUCCUGCGGAAGAUCCCCUCUAAGCUCCUCGGGGCAGAGCUGUACGAGGAGUGGAUGAGCGCCCUGCAGAAGACCAGCAGGCAGGAGAAGCUGGCAGCACUCAGGGAGGUGGCCGGCAAGUUGCCCCAGGCCAACCUCCUGCUCCUCAAGAGCUUGCUGUCCCUGCUGCAAAGGAUCAGCAGAAACGCGGCCAGCAGCAGGAUGACUGCCGGCAACCUGGCCAUCUGCGUGGGGCCGAACCUGCUCAGCCCACCCGAGGAGCAGACGCUGCCCCUGGACGCCCUGGUGCAGGUGACGGGGCAGGUGCCUCCAGUCGCUGCAGAAAGCCAACACCUGAAGAGCUCCUCUGGGGAGAGAAGGUAAAAUGAGCUCGCUUUGAUUAAGAGCAGGAGUGGUUCAAGUUUG